CGUGUAAAGGAGAUCCUUAAAUUGUGAGUAGAAAAUAAUGUGGUGAAAACAAUAUAAUAAACCCCCCCCAAAAUACUCCGUAAUUGUGGGUUUUUACAAAAGCAAAUUUCCUCGUGUUGUAUAUAUAAAGGACUCUAAGGGCAAAGAAAUUUAAGAGAAUAUAACAAAACAAAUCAUCUUAUACAAAAUUAACCUUCACAAUGGCUAAGAAGAUCUCUUCCCUUUCUGCAUACGCCACUGCCAUUGUUGCUCUCGCUCUUUUAGUUGGUUUAGUGAUGGUUCCGGCAAGUGAUGCGGUGGAAUGCCAAAACAAAGUGCCGCAACCAAAUCCGGCAUGGGCGGAUUGCCAGAAGACUUGCACCCAUCUUUACGGGUCCGUUUUUAAAGCCAAAAAUACCAAUACGGCUAAUAUGGAGUGCGGGUGCACCAGCUGCCCCUAGCUGCUUGCUAGCUGAUCGAUUUUACCACGCAUUAUUAUUGUUGCUCUCAAGCAAACAAAAGUAAUACUACUUAAUACUUUAAUUAAAUAAAUAAAUAAUUAAUUACUGAGUGUAAUAAAAAUGGAAUUAGCGAUCCACUUCACUUUGUUUCGUCUUGUUUGAUUCGGCCGAUCAGCCUAUAUAAAUUAAAGAUGGCUAGAUCUUUGUAUUCUGAAGACAAUUUAAUGCUCCAUAUGUAUUCUCUAUUU